AUGUCAGGUCUCUCGCUAUGGCUAUCCCCACCCGCAGCGUCCCCCCUCGGCGACUUGAUCACCUCGCUCUCGGACCGGUACGAGACCGUGCCCUUCAAGGCGCACGCGACGCUCGUGUCGGAUGCGCUCGUGCCCGGGCUGCCCGUCGCCGAGCUGGUGAAGAGGAUAGGAGAAGCGAUCGCGAGGUGGAAGGGUGAUCGCGCGAUCCAAGCACGCGCGUUGGAGCUCAGGUUUUCGGAUGUCCGGCAGGGUCAGUUGAGCGCACUCCUAGUCCUCAGAGCGGCGUGUUCGACGAUUCGUCUGUUCCACGUCGCCCCGCGAGAAGACGUGCAAGUGGGGCCCCAAAUCUUGUCGCGCACGAAGCUGGCUGGCGAGCACUCCACUAGGGCGCAGCUUGACCGCUCACCCCUACGCUGAUUGUGACUUUUACAGGCGACCUCUUUUACCAGUGCGUGCUCGCCGCCCUCGUUCCGGACGCGCACCUGGUCGCGCUGCACGAAACGCUGCUCUCGUCCUUCUCCGUCCCGAUCCCGUCCCCACCGACCUACUUUCCCCAUCUAUCCCUCGUCUACGGCGAUCUAUCACCCCAGACCAAAGAAGGAAUCAUACAAGGGAUGAAGGAAAGGAAACAAGUCCAGCAAAAAGCGAAUGGGGAAUGUCGAGUCGCGGGAGAGAAGGGUUUCAAGGCCGAGGAGGUGUUGCUCGUGAGAACGAGCGGGAGUACGGAUCAAUGGGAGAUAUUGGCUAGAGUUCCUCUUUGA